AAAAACUGUCAAAUCAACGUGGUUUUUGAAUUCAAAGUAUUGUUGGUUGAUGUAUGGUAUGGUUAAUGUGGCUGAUAUAAGAAUAAUUGUGGCGUGGCGGUGAAUUUCAGUGCUUUUUAUUUAGUAAUUGGUAAUACUGCAACACAAAACAAAACAGCAAAAUGAAACCUACUGAUCAAUCAGAUUCUGAAGACGAGUUAAAUGCUGAGAGUCAUAAAAAAUCUUUAGAGAAAUUAAAAAAGAUUGACCCUGAUUUCUACAAUUUCCUGGAGGAAAAUGAUGAAAAUCUCUUGAACUUUGAUGAAGACUCUGAAGACGAUAAAGAUGAGGAGUCUGAUGAUGAUGAUGCAACUGUACAUGUUCCAGGACCACUCAAAGGGGACAGCGAUGAGAGUGACUUUGAGGAUGAGGAAGCCAAACCAGUGCGAGGAAAAAUCUCCCUUAAAAUGGUGUCUCAAUGGCAGGCUGAACUACAAAGCGAUGGCAGGGUGAAGCUUGCCACACUCACUACUGUUAUUAAAGCAUUCAAUGCAGCUAUGAUGCGUGCAACCAGUGAAGAUGGCACUUCAGAGGGAGAGUAUAAAGUGGAAGGUUCUUCAAUAUUCAAUGCUGUUAUACAAAUGUGUGUCCUUUAUUUACCAAAUGCAAUAAAGAAAUAUUUAGGCACAGAGCAGUCUGGAAAAGACCCUAAAAGUUGUAAACACUUUGUGAAAGUAAAAGGACCACUGUCUGCUUACUUGACUGACUUAUUGAAGUUACUUGGAGGUGUUACAUCUGAGAAUAUUCUGACUGUGCUUCUUAAACAUUUACAUCAGAUGUGUGUGUAUGUAGCUUGUUUUGGAAGAACAGCCAAGCAGGCACUUAAAAAACUUAUUGUUUUUUGGAGCACUGGUGAAGAAACAGUGAGAGUCUUAGCAUUCCUCUGUAUAUUGAGAAUCACACGGAAUCAGCAAGCAACAUUGCUUGACAAAGUACUUAAGACAAUGUACAUGACUUAUGUCAAGAACUGUAAGUUUGUAAGUCCAAGUACUUGGCCAGGAAUCAAUUUUAUGAGACGGUCAUUGGUGGAGAUGUUCACUUUGGACUUGAAUGUUUCAUACCAGCAUGUGUUUCUGUACAUCAGACAACUGGCUAUCCAUUUGAGAAAUGCUAUAGUUGUACAGAAGAUAGAGAGUCGCCAAGCAGUAUACAACUGGCAGUUCAUAAACUCUCUACAUCUGUGGGCAGAUUUGUUAGCAGCAACAUCAAACAAGUCCCAACUGCAGCCUCUGACUUAUCCCUUGGUGAUGGUUAUAACUAACACAAUCAAGCUAGUACCUACACACCAAUAUUACCCAUUAAGAUUUCACUGUGUUGAAAUACUGAUAAAUUUAUCUAAAGAAACAAAUACUUUUAUCCCUAUUUUACCAUUUUUAGUGGAGGUUUUGACUACAUAUGAUUUCAAUAAAAAACAUAAAAAAGUUUCAAUGAAACCAUUAGACUUUUCAUGCAUCCUAAGGUGUGCUAAAUCCCAAUUAAUGGAGAAUGGAUUUAAGGAUUCCGUCAUUGAGAGAGUGUAUGCUUUGCUGCUGGAGUACACAGCUAGCAUUUCCCAUACAAUUUGUUUCCCAGAUGUCAUGUUACUGGCAGUGAUAAAGCUAAAGCAAUUCCAAAAAACUUGUUCCGUGGCAAAUUACACGAAAAAAUUAAGACAACUGCUAGAAAAAAUGGAAGAAAAUUCGAAGUUUAUUGAGAUUGAACGAAGUAAAGUUAGUUUUGCUUUAAGUGAUGACAAAAUGGUCACUGCUUGGGAAACUAGUAUAAGAACAAAAGGCACACCAUUACUCACCUACUAUGAAAAUUGGAACAAGGUAAACAAGAUUCAGAAGCGCAAGAAAAUAAGUAAGAAUGAUGAAAUAGCUGGAGAAUUGCCAAAGAUCAAGAGACCUAAAUUGGCGAAUGAAGAAGGUGCUAAACCUAAGAACGAAAAGAAAGGACCAAUGGUGUUAUUCCCAUCGGAUAGUGAAGAUGAUAAUAUUAAAUUUGGAGAAGAGGAUACCAAGCCCACUAAAGUUAAGAAAACUAAGAAGAAAAAGGAAGCUAGAAAGAAGAUACCACAAGAAGAAACUGAUGACAUUGUUGACAAAGAAGAUAUUGUACAAGAUUUUAGUGUUACUGAAUGGUAAUAAAUGUACAUAUGUUGUCUAA